AUGACGACAGACCAGCUACAGCAGCACUCGCUUUGGUGGACGGGACCACCGUGGCUCACGCAAACGCAGAACGCAUGGCCUACGCAGACCAGUGUCGACGCAGACGAGUUGGGCGCCCCAGAAGCUCGUGCUGUCGUCUCACUCCACAUGGCAAACGCAGCCACGCAGUCUACUUUCUUCAAGGACGAACUCGCUGCACUCGCAAACGGAACAACACUUCCGUCUACGCAUCCUUUCACGAGGCUCACCGCUUACCUCGACCAUCAGGGAAUCGCCAGGGUAGGCGGACACCUCCAACAUUCAGAACUCUCGCACGAUGGCAAACUCCCGGUAAUUUUGCCUCGUGAUUCGAGACUCUCAACGCUUCUCAUCGACCACGCUCAUCGUCAGACCAUGCACGGAGGUACGCAAUCCACUCUUGCCUUUCUCAGACAACGCUACUGGAUCAUCGGUGGACGAGCUCCAGUGAAAACGCUUAUCCUGCGGUGUGUGAAGUGUGCUCGGCAGAGGGGGAUCCGUGCCCAUCAACUGAUAGGCCAACUACCUCUUUGUCGGGUCACUCCAUCACGCCCGUUCACCCACACAGGGGUGGACUACGCAGGAUCGCUCACGCUGAAAACUUGGAAGGGAAGAGGAGCCAAGACGCAGAAAGGGUGGAUUUGCGUCUUCGUGUGCUUCGCAACCUCCGCCGUGCACUUGGAAGUUGUUUCGGACUACUCGACAGACGCUUUCAUCGCAGCAUAUCGCAGAUUUACCUCAAGACGAGGCAUCGCAGCCGCUCUCUAUUCAGACUGCGGCACCAACUUCCAAGGAGCAUACACGCAAUUAAAGAAGCAGUUCACGCAGAGCACGCAGGAAAAUCAGAACAUCGCAGCACUGCUCGCUGAGGACAGAACUCAGUGGCAUUUCAACCCUCCUGCCGCCCCUCACAUGGGUGGAAAAUGGGAAGCGGUUGUAAAGUCACUCAAAUUUCAUCUCAUGAGGACGGUUGGGGACGCUCUACUGACGUACGAGGAAUCAGUAACAUUGCUCACGCAGAUAGAAGCGAUCCUCAACUCGCGGCCACUGGAACCACUCAGCGACGAUCCAGACGACAUCGCAGCCCUCUCACCAGGACAUUUCCUGAUUGGAACGCAGAUCAACGCAGUGCCAGAGCCCACGCUUCUAGAAGUCGCAGUCAAUCGCUUGUCAAGAUGGCAAUUUUUACAACAGCGCCUCCACCAAUUUUGGAGACUCUGGUCCUCGCAGUACCUUCAACGACUCCAGGCAAUCUCGAAGUGGCACCAUCCAUCAAAUGAGAUCAAGGCGUGUUAUUUCAGUCCCUUCAGACCACGCGAAGUACGCAACACCAUACUUCAAGAAAUGUAUAUUCCAAUUCAAUUAGAAAUGAAUAUCAUUGAUGUGAUGGGUUAG